AUGGAAAUCAGCCAGGAGCCCUCGUCCGGGCACAGUGGAUCAAGGUCCCAUCCUCGACGGCGCGCUCGGGAAGGCGCUCAGGCUCAGACGACCGAGCUCGACGAAACCCGGGGGCAGCUCCGCAACCUCCAAGAAGAAUUUGCUCGGUUCAGAGACGAGCACACUGCUAGGCCCCGAGUCGAGCAGUCGACCCUGGUGAGAGCGCCCUUCACGGCGGACGUAAUGGCCCAGCCAUAUCCGCUCGACCUCCAGAUCCAGGGGAACCGAGGUUAUGACGGCCGCACGGACCCCGAGGUCCAUGUCAACGACUACUUCCACAACAUGUCGAUGAUGGGCGUGUCGGAUGCCGUCAUGUGCAGGGCCUUAUACUCCACUCUAUCCGGUCGGGCAGCCGAGUGGUUCCGAACAUUGCAGCCGGGCUCAAUUGCAGAUUUCAAUGCCCUGGCGAUCAAGUUCGUGAGGAAGUUCAUCACCUCGAAGGCGGUGAAGAAGUCCUAUAUGUACCUGGAGAAAGCCAAGCAGCUCGAGGGGGAAAGCUUGGUCGACUUCCUCGUCAAGUGGAAGGCCCCAGUCGGGGAGGUCGAGCAGAUGGACGAUGCCACCGCCACUCACAUGCUUCAUAUAUCCUUGCGGUCGGGCUAUCUAUACCAGGACUUCAUCCUCCACCCCCCGAGCUCAUAUGAAGAGGCCCUCCGAAGGGUCACAGAUUACGCCAACGCAGGCGAGGCGAACGCGGUCAAGCGCUCGCAGGAGGUCGGGAGUUCAUCCCGUAAGCCGACCGGCCGGGCGGAAAUCCGAUCGGAUGAUGAUCGUUCCCGUUCCCGCAACAGGCCUGGUCCGUUCACGGCCUUGAACCGAUCCGCCGCCGAGGCCAUGCAGUAUGCUCAAUCCUGCAACCUCAUUAAGCUCCCCCAUCCCGGACGAGACAGACCGGACAAGAGUAAGCACUGUGCUUACCAUAGGUGCGCAGUGCAUGAUACCGAGGAGUGUGUCCAGCUACGCCAGCUAUUGGAAGAGCUUCUCAACUCGGGAAAGCUGGACAAGUGCGUGGGGAGGAGAGAAGAAGGCAACAAAGAGACCGACCGAAGAGAUCGUCGACGAUCCCACCGUCGUUCCGAUCGGUCUGAGCGAGAUGAUCGGGUCGGGUCAGGGCCGUCAGGAUGA